UAUCAUGAAAAAACUGCCAGAGAAGUUAGGUAGCCAUAGGAAAUAUAAAUUCAUUAAGUACAGGCUUAAAAAGGCUGUGUAUGAUUCUUUUAUUCCUAGUGAAUUCGAAGAUGCAUGGAAUACAAUGUUAAACAAGUACCAGCUCAAGAAAAAUAAAUGGUUGAUAAGUUUGUAUUUAGAAAGACAUAGAUGGGUCCCAUGUUACGUGAAAGAUACCUUCUGGGCAAGGAUGUCUACUACACAACGUAGCGAGAGCAUUAAUGCAUUUUUUGAUAAAUAUGUAAACAAAAAAACUACGUUGAAGCAAUUUGUGGAACAGUUGAGAAUGCAUUAAGGGAUAGGGCAGAGAAAGAAAACAAAGAAGAUUUUAGUUCUUAUAAUACACAAUAUCCGCCAAUCACCCGCUAUGCCAUGGAAGAACAAAUGAGGAAAAUUUACACCCACACUAAGUUCAAAGAGUUCAUGGAAGAACUAACUGGAAAAAUGUAUUGUGGGAUAGGUUCUUUAAAGUCACAAGAUAGUAUACUAGAAUAUGAAGUAAUUGAGGAUGUAAUGGUCAAUGGACAUAUAAUAAAGAAAGCAUUUGCUGUUUGGUUCAAAAAGGGUGAUUCGGAGGAAGAAUGUGAUGUGAGAUGUAUUUGUCGCUUGUUUGAGUUUCGUGGAAUGUUAUGUAGGCAUGCACUUACCGUACUUAUCAAUGAGAAGAUAUAUACACUGCCUUAUAAAUACAUUUUGCGGAGAUGGAGAAAAGAUGUGAAGAGGAGACAUACUAAGGUUAAAGUAACUUACAGUGAUUGGGUUAGCUCAGAUGAGGGGCGUCGUUAUGAUAGAAUGUGUAGUGCUUUCUCACAAGUAGCGGACUUAGCAUCAGAACUAGAAGAAAAAUGUAGUCUUGUACUUAACCGAAUAAGUGAAAUGAAGGAUGAAGUUUUAUGUAAAAAAACUGCACCUGAUAGCUUCACAUGUACCCCGGGGCCUAGUAUCUCUACUAAGAAUAGCACAAAGAUUCGUGAUCCAUUGGUAGUGCGAAGAAAAUGUCGUCCUUCAGGAAAGAGACUCAAGCCCAAAGUAGAAGAAAUCAUCACAAAGAUGCAGAAAAAGAAGAAGAAUUUGAAAGAUGUUGAAGAUGGGGAAGCUGGUUGUGAAGUUGAUAAUGAUUUACCAAAGAAAAAACUUUCGAGGAAGGAAAAAGCGGAAAACCCGUAUGACAAUGUGUACUCUAUUUCAAGUGGCACAAGUGAUAGUGGGUAUGCUAAUUUACAGCCUCAUUUUGCUGGAUUCGUCCCAAUUCAUCCCAUGCAACAACAUCAAACUAGAGAUAUGUUUCACCAAGUUUCCCCACAGUUGCAAAAUCGAGGAUUUCAAGUGCAGAAUUUAUCACAAGUUAGCGUUCCAGAUGCAUCAGUUAACCCUCCAGUUACAAGAAUUAGCCCUCCAUAGCAAGUUAUUGUUUUGGCUCAUCACAUUUUUAUCGUGUUUUUUUUCAUUAUUUGGUGCAACUUGUCAUUGGUUGGUUUUCAAAUUUGAGAUUAUCUGACUUUUUUUGUUAAA